AUGCAAGAAGCCAAGCAAAAGUACAACAUAAGAGGGGUGGUUGUUGAUUGUCCAACGCGAUGGAACUCCACAUAUGAUAUAUCGGACACGGCUUUAGAGUUGAAGGAAGCAUUUUGUCGACUAGCUGAGCUUGACCAUGACUAUAAGAAUCUAUCAUCUGAUGAGGAAUGGGAAAUGGGGACAUGGCUAGAUAAUGAAUAUGAGUAUGUUUGUUCAAUGACAAAUAGAAUGAAGCAAAAUUUUGAUAAAUAUUGGGAUGAAUGUUCUUUGGUGCUUGCAAUUGCCGUUGUUCCUGAUCCUAGGUUUAAGAUGGAGAUUGUUACAUAUUACUAUAAUCUCAUUUAUGGAGAGAUUGUUGAGAGGCAUGUUACAAGAGUUAGGGAGGCAGUAAAUGACCUAUAUUCAGAGUAUGCGGGUUUUGAUAUAGAGGACAUGUCACUUAUAGACUCUAGUGUUGCAUUUCAGCCAUUGAGGAUUCAUGGUGUUGUAGAUUUUUUGAGAGGUUUUGAUCAGUGGUUGACUGAAGAGCAUCCGGAAUGUAAUCUAGGGACUCAAAAUUCAGAGUUGGAUCUUUAUCUUGAAGAAAAACUAUUUCCUACAGGUGAAGAGCAUGAUAUUUUGAGAUUCUGGCGAGUUGAUGGUCUCAAGUUUCCAAAACUCUCUAGAUGGGCACGAGAUAUUUUGGCAAUUCCAAAUUGGAUCUUGAAGCUGCCGCUGCCUCUCCUAUAUGUGUGGCUUCUACAACUGACACUAACCGAACAUGAUAUUGGAGCAUAUGCCAUGCAUCUAGUUUGGACAUUUUUGCUUCACAGUCUUAUACAUCUCUAUGAAACUCUUAAAACUGCAGCAAAUACUCAUAGAAUGCUUGGACUACAAAAGAGCCACUUGUCCAAGCUUUCAGGUUACAUCUAG